AUGCCGCCCCCCCCUUCUCCACCCCCGCCCCCACCCCCGGCCACUGGAAGGGCCCCCGCGCGGCCCCCGGUCGCCCGGGCAGCGGAGGCAGCGGAGGCAGCGGCGGCGGCGGCGGCGGCGGAGGAGCUCGCACCCCGGCCCCGGGCCCCAGCAGAGCAGCCCGCACAGGUGAGACUCGGCCACCACGCCCCGCCCCCACCGCGGCCCCGCUUGCUCGCCGAGUUAGUUGAGCGAGUCCGGCCAGCACCGCGCGGGGACUCCGUUCCAGACCCGCACCUGCUAUCUCCCCAGGGUCCCUCCGGGCUCCCGCGGGCUCCUGCACCCGCUACGCAGCAACCCCGCUGCCGCUCCUGGGAAGUGUCCCAGGAAGGUGGCGUCAGCAUCUGCAGCCGCGCCGACGUUGUCUGA